UCGGAGCGCAGUGACAGCGGGCGGUGUGUCUGUCAGGUGCGGCCGUUGAUCAGAGCGCAGGGACUCGGGCUGCAGAGAAGGCUUUCACGUUUCACGUUCAUCUUUAACGUUGUAGAGCUCGGGGCUGUGAACAUGCCGCUCGCUCAACUCGUGGAGCUAUGGCCCGAUGUGGAACUGGUGGCAGAAGAAACGGAGAACGGACACGCAGCCCCAGAAGAUGGAAUAAAAUGCGCAAAUAAGGAUGAAGUGGUUGUGAAGGAGAUUAAUAUAACGCAUCAUGUUAAAGAAGGUUCAGAGAAGGCCGAUUCAUCACACUUUGUCUUGCUCAAGGUGCUCGGACAGGGAUCAUUUGGCAAAGUAUUCCUUGUACGGAAGAUAACUCCACCUGAUGACAACCAUUUGUACGCAAUGAAGGUCCUUAAGAAAGCCACUCUUAAAGUGCGAGACAGAGUGAGGACCAAGAUGGAACGUGAUAUUUUAGCUGAUGUACACCAUCCUUUUGUGGUGAGGCUACAUUAUGCUUUCCAAACAGAGGGUAAACUGUACCUGAUCCUUGAUUUUCUGAGGGGAGGUGACCUCUUCACUCGUCUUUCAAAGGAAGUGAUGUUUACGGAGGAGGAUGUGAAGUUCUACUUGGCUGAAUUGGCUUUGGGCCUUGAUCAUUUGCACAGUCUAGGAAUCAUCUACCGUGAUCUUAAGCCUGAGAACAUUUUGCUUGAUGAAGAGGGACACAUAAAGUUGACCGAUUUUGGUCUGAGUAAAGAAUCAAUAGACCAUGAGAAGAAGGCUUACUCAUUCUGUGGUACAGUUGAAUACAUGGCUCCUGAGGUUGUAAACCGGCAAGGUCACACGCACAGUGCCGAUUGGUGGUCUUAUGGAGUUCUCAUGUUUGAGAUGCUGACUGGUUCCCUGCCAUUUCAAGGAAAAGACCGCAAGGAAACAAUGACGCUAAUAUUAAAAGCCAAACUCGGCAUGCCUCAGUUUCUCAGCAAUGAGGCGCAGGCAUUAUUACGUGCUCUCUUUAAGCGGAAUCCCACAAACAGAUUAGGAUCAGGCGUAGAUGGUGCAGAAGAAAUUAAACGCCAUCCCUUCUUUUCAACAAUUGAUUGGAAUAGACUGUAUCGUAGGGAGCUUAGCCCACCUUUCAAACCAGCAGUUACUCAGCCAGAGGACACGUAUUACUUUGACACAGAGUUCACUUCACGAACGCCAAAAGACUCUCCUGGAAUACCCCCCAGUGCAGGAGCCCACCAGCUGUUUCGUGGAUUCAGUUUUGUGGCUCCAACUCUUGACCAGGAGAAUAAGCGAUCCCCAGUUGGUUCUACAAUGCUGUCUUUACCAAAGGUUUGCAGCAAAAAUGUUCUGUUCAGUGACGUAUACAAUGUGCGUGAGACAAUCGGCGUUGGCUCAUUUUCUGUGUGCAAAAGAUGCAUUCACAAGGGUACCAACAUGGAGUAUGCUGUGAAAGUUAUAGACAAGUCCAAGAGAGAUCCUUCAGAGGAAAUUGAAAUCUUGCGGAGAUAUGGUCAACAUCCUAACAUUAUCACACUGAAAGAUGUUUAUGAAGAAGGGAACCGCGUCUACAUGGUGACUGAACUUAUGCGAGGAGGGGAGUUACUGGACAGAAUCCUGCGUCAAAAAUUCUUCUCUGAACGUGAAGCCAGUGCCGUCCUUUUGACUAUUUGCAAGACUGUGGAAUAUUUGCACUCCCAAGGGGUUGUUCACAGAGAUCUAAAGCCCAGUAACAUUCUCUAUGUUGACGAAUCUGGUAACCCAGAAUCUAUUAGGAUAUGUGACUUCGGAUUUGCAAAGCAACUGCGGGCUGAGAAUGGACUACUUAUGACUCCUUGUUAUACAGCUAACUUUGUGGCCCCAGAGGUGUUGAAGCGACAAGGUUAUGACGAGGGCUGUGACAUAUGGAGCUUGGGCAUCCUUCUGUAUACCAUGUUGGCUGGGUAUACCCCGUUUGCAAAUGGCCCAGAAGACUCCCCUGAAGAAAUUUUGGCUCGAAUUGGGGUAGGAACAUUUACCUUGAGAGGGGGAAACUGGAAUACAGUUUCUGACUCUGCAAAGGAUUUAGUAACUCGUAUGCUUCACGUGGAUCCUCAUCGCCGACUUACUGCACGCCAAGUUUUAAAUCAUGAAUGGAUAACAAAGAGACAUUUAUUACCUCAGAGUCAACUCAAUCGGCAGGAUGUACAGAUAGUCAAAGGUGCUAUGGCUGCCACAUACUUGGCCUUAAACAGUUCCAAGCCCACUCCUCAGUUGCAGCCAAUCAAAUCUUCAAUCCUUGCACAGCGGCGUGUCAAAAAACUGCCCUCCACAAUACUCUAGUUAUGAUUUUGGAUCCUCUGGAUAGCUGAGGGCAAUCCUCUUGUGAACAGUGACUUAUGAUGCCUUGACCAGCUUCUCCACAGCCACUGCAUUGAUCUGCCUUUUCUCCCAUAAGCACACAAUGCUGUUGUCUUAACAGUCUGUGUACAGAUUGCCAUAUGCCUGGCUUGCUGCAUUCCAAUGUGCAACGUCUGGGAUAAUAUUGGCUCUGGGUCUGGUUGGGGGCAAAAAUCAUUGAAACCAGGCAAUCCUCUUCCUUUUUUUUUUUUUUUUUUUUUAUGGUGGAAGGAUUUCUUUUCUGUAUGCUGGCAAAGGCCAUUGUGUGCCUGAACCCUGUUCCAUGAGUUUAAAAAAAAAUCCCUUUUAUUCAGCACUAUCUCAGGGCUGUCUAUACUCUUACCUCUUACGUGGGUAGGGGACACCUCUACUUCUGCUGUGACAUGUGACAUCCGUGCUUUAGUAAUUUGUUGUAUAUCUGUCUUGCCUUUGCUUUGUGUUGCAUAUACAUUUAGUCAAAUUUGUCAAUACAAGUGUUCACAUGUAUAUUAACUCUCUAAAGCACACACACAGAGGUCUGUCUCCCUCAUUUGUCAGAGGAUUGUGGUGACAAAUAUCUGGUGUCUUUGCACAUUCAAGGGCUGUGUCCAUCACUGUGAUUUAUAGACUGAGAGGGUGCCAUAGGGCACCACAUAUCUACCUGACACAAACAAUACUCUGCAUUCAGUAUUCCUGAUUCUUUCCAGUCGAGCAAAUGAAUCAAGAAACCUGCUACAGAGAAGGCUGGCUUUCUACAGAACAUCAUAUUUUACAAAAAAAAAAAAAUAUAUGCAGCUGGAAUAUUUGAAGUCCGAUUGAAUAAAUGCUACUCCUUCCUUCCCAAUCAUAUGCACAUGGUUGGGAUGUUAGCAGCAUUAUGAGCACAUAUCAGACUGUAGCUUAAGUUUUCAUGUACAGUACGUUAAGUGUGCUUUUGCCAGUUAUUACAUUGGGAAAUGAUAGAAUUUUAAAAAUGAUUCCAAUUGCUUUUAAAUGACUGUAAUUAAUAUAAAAUUGAAGAUUGAAAAAUAAGAAUGAUGGCAUUUUAAUGUGAACAUUUAAAAUUCUGGGGUUCAUACUAGGAACCCCACUGCAGUUCUAGCUUUGUUACUGUGUAUUACAACCUUUGCCUACCUGGUACGUACAUAACUAAUUAUCCAUUGUCCAUUAAUAAAUCUUCAUUUUGGUUGUGGCUUGCAAA